AUGUCUGGACGAACUGCCCUCCGAGUCACCAGAGCUGCUGCUCCUUUGCUCUCCCGCAGCACGCGCACCUCUGCCGCUCCCAUCUCGCGUGCCCUCCCCGCCGCCAACCGAACCUUCACCAAGUCAGCCAUUCGAUGCAACAAGAACGACGUCGUGCAUGAGACCGAGGUUCCCGUUUCCGUCUAUAGUGCCGACUCAAACGGUGCUGCGGGAUCAACGAGCGAUCACUUCAGCAUCCCGGUUAACCGCCAGGACGCGAAGCCUCAACCGUUUUCCACGCCCGAGGAUGCCGACGUCAUCCCCCUGACCAAGAGCGUGCACCGAAGCAUGCCCCCUAUGAUGCAGAAGAUGAGCAUCAUGGACAAGGUUGUUGUCAUCACUGGAGGAGCCCGAGGUCUCGGUAACCACAUGGCCCGAGCGUGCGCUGAGGCCGGUGCAAAGGCCCUCGUUAUCUUCGACGUCAACCAGGAGCUUGGCGACGAAUCUGCCGCCGAGUUACACCAGAAGACUGGUCUGCCCGUCUCCUUUUUCAAGGUUGACGUCCGCGAUGGCGACGCCAUCAACGCUGCUGUGGACGCCUGCGUCGAGACCUACGGGGCGCCGGACGUUCUCAUCAACAGCGCCGGUAUUGCCGACUCUAACAUCAAGGCCGAGUCCUACGACCCUGCCAUGUUCCGACGUCUGGUCGACAUCAACCUGACGGGUUCCUUCCUCAUGAGCCAGGCUGUCGGUCGCGCCAUGAUGAAGGCCGGCAAGCCCGGUUCCAUCGUCCUUGUCGCCAGCAUGAGCGGCAGCAUCGUCAACUACCCCCAGGAGCAGUCCUGCUACAACGCCUCCAAGGCUGGCGUCAUCCAGUUCGGCAAGUCGCUCGCUGCGGAGUGGGCCAAGUACAACAUCCGUGUCAACUGCAUCUCGCCUGGUUACAUGGACACCGCCCUCAACCGCGUCCCGGCCCUCGACGCGCAGAAGAAGAUCUGGCGCUCGCUCACUCCCCAGAACCGUCUUGGCAGCGUAGACGACCUGAACGGUCUCUGCGUCUUCCUCGCCAGCGACGCCAGUGGCUUCAUGACCGGUGCCAACGUCGCCAUCGACGGUGGUUACACUUUGUACUAA